AUGGAAGCUCCGGCGACGGCGAGUACAGUUAAUAAUAAUAAUAAUAAUAUAGCUCCUUUCGUGAUGAAGAUUUACCAGAUAGUUACCGAUCCGGCCACCGACGAGUUCAUCGCUUGGGGGAAAUCAAACAACACCUUCCUCGUCUUCAACCUUCUCCAUUUCUCUAAUCAAAUCCUUCCUUCUUACUUCAAACACAACAAUUUCUCCAGUUUCAUUCGCCAACUCAACACCUACGGUUUCAAAAAGGUAGAUCCAGAUCGAUGGGAGUUUGCCAACAAGUGGUUCUUAAAAGGCCAGAUGCAUUUACUGAAGAACAUCGUCAGGAAGAGGCGACAGGGAAAGGAAGACGGCGAUGAUGAUGAUCUCCAAUUCCAUCAUCACCACGAUCAGAUAACAGGUGAGAUUUUGAGAAUGAAACAGGAACAGAUGAUUCUGGAGGAGGAACUCAAGCGGAUUAACAAACGAUUGGAGAUCACGGAGAAGAGACCAGAUCAGAUCAUGAAGUUUCUCUGUAAAGUCGUGCAGGAUCCAGAAAUUAUUCCUAGGAUUAUGAUAGAGAAGGAUAUAGGAGAUAGAUUGAUGCGAUUGGGAGGAGGCCAGAGAAAGAAGAUCCGUGUAGAGAUUUCUUCUUCUUCUUCUUCAAAUCCGUUGUCUGGUUCGGCUAAUUAUCCUGCCGGAGACAAUGGUUCGGGGAUGAUCAUGGCUCAACCUACGAUCGGAGCUGGUUAUGGAGGCGGCGAUGGCGGCGGCGGAAACUGGGAGCUGGUGGUGGAGGAGGAUCAAAAAGUGCCGCCAUAUCCUUUCUCGUUAUUAGGAGGUGGUGGCUUUUAG